AUGAACGUGAACCAGAUUAGCUCAGAACGCAGAAAAGAGAAGUCAAGAGAUGCAGCCCGGUGCCGGAGGAGCAAGGAAUCUGAAGUAUUCUACGAGCUUGCUCAUCAGCUGCCCCUGCCCCACACCGUGAGUGCACACCUGGACAAGGCAUCCAUUAUGAGACUGACCAUCAGCUACUUGCGCAUGAGAAAGCUGCUAGAUGCUGGUGAGCUGGAGACAGAAGCCAAAAUGGAGAAGGAACUGAACUGUUUCUACUUGAAAGCUCUUGACGGAUUUGUCAUGGUUCUGUCUGAAGACGGGGACAUGAUUUACAUGUCUGAAAACGUGAACAAGUGCAUGGGACUCACUCAGUUUGAGUUGACGGGGCACAGUGUAUUUGAUUUCACUCAUCCAUGUGACCAUGAAGAGCUGAGAGAAAUGCUUACACACAGAAAUGGUCCUGUGAAAAAGGACAAAGAGCAAAACACGGAGCGCAGCUUUUUUCUCAGAAUGAAGUGUACACUGACUAGCAGGGGAAGAACAGUGAAUAUUAAGUCUGCUACAUGGAAGGUACUCCACUGCACUGGACACAUUCGUGUGUACGACACAUGUGGUAAUCAGACUCACUGUGGCUACAAAAAGCCUCCCAUGACGUGUCUGGUGUUGAUCUGUGAACCUAUUCCUCAUCCAUCAAACAUUGAGGUCCCCUUGGACAGUAAAACGUUCCUCAGUCGUCACAGUCUUGACAUGAAAUUUUCCUAUUGUGAUGAAAGAAUUACAGAGCUGAUGGGGUAUGAGCCAGAGGAACUCCUGGGUCGCUCCAUUUAUGAGUACUAUCAUGCCCUGGAUUCUGAUCAUCUGACCAAAACACACCACGACAUGUUCACAAAAGGGCAGGUGACAACAGGACAGUACAGAAUGCUUGCUAAACAAGGUGGCUAUGUCUGGGUUGAAACUCAAGCAACUGUUAUAUACAACACUAAGAAUUCUCAGCCACAGUGCAUAGUGUGCGUAAACUAUGUUUUGAGUGGAAUUGUUCAGAAGGACUUGAUUUUUUCCCUUGGACAAACUGAGUGUAUGCUGAAACCAGUGGAGUCUCCUGAUAUGAAAAUGACCAAAAUAUUCAGCAAAGAUGACCUGGAUGAUACCAAUAGCCUAUUUGAAAAACUUAAACAGGAACCAGAUGCUUUAACUGUGCUGGCCCCAGCUGCUGGAGACACAAUUAUCUCUCUAGAUUUCAGCAGUAAUGAGUCUGAUGAACAACAAUGUGAUGAAGUUCCUUUGUAUAACGAUGUAAUGCUCCCCUCAUCCAGUGAGAAAUUGCAGAAUAUAAAUAUGGCAAUGUCCCCACUACCUGCCUCUGAAACUACAAAGCCACUUCGUAGCAAUGCUGAUCCUGCACUCAAUAGAGAAGUUGUAUCAAAGCUGGAGCCAAACACAGAGCCACUCGAACUUUCUUUUACCAUGCCUCAGGUGCAAGAGCAGCCAACCAGCCCUUCUGAUGCAAGUACCAGCCAAAGUUCACCUGAGCCCAGUAGUCCCAACGACUACUGCUAUGAUGUGGAUAAUGAUAUGGCUAAUGAAUUCAAACUGGAAUUAGUGGAGAAACUCUUUGCAAUAGAUACAGAAGCAAAAAAUCCAUUCUCUGCUCAGGAAACUGAUUUAGACUUGGAGAUGUUGGCUCCUUACAUCCCAAUGGAUGAUGACUUCCAGUUGCGCUCCUUUGAUCAGCUAUCUCCGCUGGAAAGCAGUUCUUCUGGCUCUCAAAAUACAGCUACCAUUACCAUAUUUCAGCAGAUUCAGACACCGUCAAGUACUGCUGAUGAAACAAAACCCGUGGUAGAACGCGUGGAUGAUGUGAAGACGCUAAUUGUUCCUUCAUCUCCUGUCCACAUAAUCAGUGAAACGAGUAGUGCCCCAGCAUCACCUUAUGGUGGGAACAGGAGUCGAACUGCUUCUCCGAUCAGAACAGGAAAAGGAACAUUGGAUCAGACGAAAAAAUCUUCUCCAGGAGUGCCCAGUUUGCUAACAGUCACUCUGAACAAAAGAUCUACUGCAAUGGAUGAAGAACUAAAUCCAAAGAUGCUAGCUUUGCAUAAUGCUCAGAGAAAACGAAAAAUGGAACAUGAUGGUUCACUUUUUCAGGCAGUUGGAAUUGGGUCUCUAUUCCAGCAGACAGGUGGCCGUGGAGGAAAUGCAUCACUUGCCUGGAAACGUGUGAGGGGAUGUAAAACAAAUGGUCAUAACGGAGGGGAGCAAAAGACAAUCAUUCUACUAUCAACUGACAUAGCAAGUAAACUUCUAGGGCAGUCGAUGGACGAAAGUGGACUACCCCAACUCACGAGUUAUGACUGCGAAGUAAAUGCUCCCAUACAAGGCAACAGAAACCUGCUACAGGGUGAAGAACUGCUCAGAGCUCUGGAUCAAGUUAACUGAGCUUUCACAAUACUUGUUCCUUUUUUGGACACUGGUGAAUCAUCACCUAAAGCAGUCUAUUUAUAUUUUCUAUAUCUGAUUUUAGAAGCCUGGCUACAGUACUGCACUAAUUCAGUUAGUUCAGUUUUGAUCCCCUUUCUACUUAUUUUGACAGUCUUUUUAAUAUGUUCUUUAUGUAACAAUAACUCAGACUAUAGUGCAUUUUUAUAAUUCUUUGGUACAUACACUUUUAUGUCCAUUACAUUUAAAGCACCCUUGCAAUAGCAGCUUUGAAAUAUGCACCUGAUUUAAAAAAAAAAAUAUUUAUUUUUUGGCU